AUGGCUUCCAAACAUGUCAGCAAACCUCUGCUGAGGCUCGCCUCGCCAACCCAGCCAUGUCGCUCUUUUUCCGGACCGGCAGCAUCAUUGUUGAACACGAACGUAUACCCCGCACAACGAAGAGCUGCCCUCCGUACCACGAGACCCGUCUUUGUCGCUGGGCAGAGGCGAGCUAUCUCUGCCAGCCUGCAGCGCCGAUACGCCGACGUGGAUGAGGGAUUCGACCCUGCGACAGUCGAGCGAGAGUCGGAUGAAGUCGAUGUGUGCAUUGUCGGCGCCGGACCCGCUGGUUUGAGCGCUGCCAUCCGUUUAAAGCAACUGGCCAACGAGACGGGCAAUGAAGAGUUUCGAGUGGUCGUGUUGGAAAAGGCGGGGGAGGUGGGCGCACACAUCCUGUCUGGCAACGUGCUGGAGCCGCGGGCGAUCAAUGAACUCAUCCCAGACUGGCUGGCCGAGGACAAUGAGAACAGGUUUACAGGCGCCACGCCCGCCGGCUCCGACAAGAUGCGAUUCUUGACCAAGACGAGUGCCAUUCCCUUACCGGCUCCUCCACAGAUGCACAACAAAGGCAACUACAUCAUCAGUCUGAGUCAGUUCACCAAAUGGCUCGGCGAGCGGGCCGAGGAGUUGGGCGUGGAAAUAUACGCGGGUUUUGCUGCCGCUGAGAUAUUGUACAACAGUGAAGGAGCUGUCAAGGGCGUUGCGACCAACGACCAAGGUGUAGGUCGUGAUGGGAAAGCAAAGUCCAACUUUGAACGAGGCAUGGAGUUUCAUGCCCGGUUGACGUUACUGGCCGAGGGUUGCCAUGGCAGUCUGACCAAGCAAGUCUCGAAGAAGUUUGAUCUGAGACGAGACUGUCAGCCGCAGACAUACGGCCUGGGAGUAAAGGAAGUGUGGGAGGUCCAGCCCGAAAAGUUCAAGAAAGGCGACAUCGCUCAUACCAUGGGCUACCCCUUGUCCCGAGAUACGUAUGGCGGAGGUUGGAUGUACCACUUCGGCGAGAACCUGGUGAGUUUGGGAUUGGUCGUUGGGCUGGACUAUUCCAACCCUUGGAUCUCGCCCUACGGCGAAUUCCAGCGGAUGAAGCUGCAUCCGUUCUACAAAUCCGUACUGGAAGGCGGCAAAUGUAUCGCCUACGGAGCGCGGGCGCUCAAUGAGGGCGGCUUUCAGUCGAUACCGAAAUGUGCUUUCCCUGGCGGCGCGUUGAUCGGGGACACUGCAGGAUUUCUCAACGUGCCCAAGAUCAAGGGGACGCACACUUCCAUGAAAUCAGGUAUGCUGGCGGCCGAGGCAGCAUACGAUGCCCUCGGCGCCAACAAGGAAGCCAGUACCAUUUUUCUGUACAACUACGAGGAUGCGCUGCGAGAGAGCUGGAUUUGGCCGGAGCUCAAGGCUGUCCGGAAUCUGAGACCGUCCUUCCACAACCCACUCGGCAUUUACGGGGGGAUCAUGUACUCGGGACUCGAGGCAUUCCUGUUCCGCGGCAUGAUGCCUUGGACGUUGAAGCACAAGAAGCCCGACUGGGCCAACACAAAACCAGCCGACCAAUGCCAGAAGAUCGAGUAUCCGAAGCCAGAUGGCGAAAUCACCUUUGACAUCCUGACCAGCGUGUCGCGGACGGGCACCAACCACGAGGAAGAUCAACCAGUGCACUUGCAGGUCAAGGAUUGGGAUGAACACGCUCGGAAAGAAUGGCCCAAAUACAAGGGCGUGGAGAAUCGGUUUUGUCCUGCUGGCGUGUACGAGUAUGUGGAGGAUGACACGAAGGAUAUUGGAGUGCGGUUCCAGAUCAACGCUCAGAACUGCAUUCAUUGUAAGACAUGCGAUAUCAAGGUGCCAGAUCAGGACAUCAAUUGGCAAACUCCACAAGGUGGUGAAGGCCCAAGCUACAGUAUCACUUGA